AUGACUGGGCGCCUUGGAUAUGAAGGACGCCCGGAGCGUCAGAACGAGUAUUUUAUUCCCGGUGAUGGAAUCAGCCGGGAAGUUAUCCAAGCAGACAUAUGCCGUUACCUUGGAAAUGAUGCUCUCGUAAGACCUGGAAACCACCAAGGCCGCCAGGGCUACUUUAUCCGUGCUUAUAGAAAUCUCACCUCAGAAAUGAUUGCUGAUCUCAAAGCUGACUCUGCUCGGUGGGAGGCAGAUGUGCUCCGUCGCGCUGACCAAGGCUAUCCACGAGGUAGUUACAUUCAAGACUACAGUGUCUCUCAACCACCACCUAACAUGGUUCCAGCAACCUAUGCAUCUUCUUCACUUCAUGAAGGGCGACAGCAGCCGGGUCCAUCUCCCCCACCUGCUUACACUGCACCACCACCCCAGCAAUAUGUGGAUCCUUACACUCAACCCCCUUACGCGCAGACACAGUCUCCCCCUUAUCCAACUUCUUCCUCAUACCCUGCAAACCACUCUCCCUUUGGAUCUGGCCAGACGUAUCCUCCCCCGCAGGUCCCUUAUUCUGCGCCCAGCCAACCCCCGGUGUCUGCCGAUAUGCAUCAAACAUAUACAUACACCAGCGCCGCUGGCUAUGGCUACGAAAACGGGAGAAACAACCCUAGGUACCCUGGCCCUGGUUAUGAAACAGAAUCGGACUAUUCCCCUGUUACGUCCGGAAUAGCUUACCCUGCUACUACCGCCCCAGACCCGCGGAUAGGAGGAAUGGAUCCCAGAUAUACCCCGGAGUCGGCAUACUCGGACCGCAGUAGGCCACAGCCAACAAGGGAAAGAGAUCCAGCCCGCCGGCGGUAG